GUUCCCUCUCUCACUGGCUGUCUCUCUCUCUGUGUCAAAUAAAUAAAAUAAAAUCUUAAAAAAAAAAAAAAGAAAUGGCAUCUGAAGCUAUAGGAAUAAAAAGACAAAUCAGAGGAAACAUGAAGAGUGAGAAAGUAAAGGCCAAGGACUAAACUCUGAGGAAAUAACUACAUUUAAAGGAUGGAGUAGAAAAAGAAACUAAUAAAGAACAGAGCAGAGUAACCAAAGCGGAAGGAGAAAAACCAAGACAAUGCCACAGAAUCUCAGGAGGGCCUUUCAAGCUGGAGGUAAUAAGCACCCUGUUGGAUUUUGUAGCCUUGAAAACCAAAGGCUGGACAAUCUUUAUUACAUUUAGCAACAGAGAAUUUGGUGACCUCAGUGACAGCAGUUUGAUGGAGAAAUGGAGGCAGAGCGGCACGUGGAUGGCCCAAUCGGUUAAGUGUCUUCCUUCGGCUCAGGUCAUAAUCCCAGGGUCCUGGGAUGGAGCCCUGCGUCGGGCUGCCUGCUCAGCUGGGAGUCUACCUCUCCCUCUCCACCUUCCUCUCCCCCAGCUCAUGCUCUCAGAUAAAUAAAUAAAAUCUUUAAAAAAAAAAAAAAGAAAAAGAAAAAGAAAUGGAGGCAGAGGCAGACUGCAAUUACUAGAAGAGUGAAUGGUAAGAAAGUGAUGCGGACAAUUCUUGCCAGAAGCAUGGCUAUUAGAAGGAAGAGAGAAACAAGGCCAGCGACAGAGUGGAAUAUGGUUGACAGAGAAAUUUUAAAUCUCAAAGUGAAAAAAGCUUUGUGUUUUUCUUAUUAUAAAAUAAUAUGUUUAUUAUAAACAAUUUUAGUCAAUGAAGCUAAGAACAAUAAGAAAAAGAAAACCAUGAAAAUAACCCAGAAAUAAUCACUGCUAUCAUUUUGGUGCAAUAUUCCUAUACAUCUUUCAGUAUAUGUUAUACUAUACCUAAGCUUCUUUAUCUAGUUUAAAUACACAUGCACAUCGUUCCAUGGCAAUGGAUAAUUAAAGUUAUAUUCAAUUUGUGAUCUUCCAUAGUAAGGACAUACCAAAAUGUUUUUGAUCAAUCCCCAAUUGAUGGCAUUUAAAUUGUUUCCAGUUUGUUGCUAUUAUUAACAAUGCUCCUAUAAGCAUUGUGUAGUGAAAUAUUUACACAUUUGUCUGAUUGUUUCUUCAGAAUAAGAUCCAGGAAGUCGAAUGGCUGGGUCGAUAGAAGAGAGGGGAUGAUUGGUAAAUCAAGGUUUCGGUAGAAGAUGCAUACAGAGCACAGACAGGGUUAGCCCUGGACACCAGAAGGGGCACCUUUUCCUCACUUCCCCUUGGGACAAGACGGGUAGAGGAAAUAACUAGUGGUGCCAUGGUUACACUUGUAAAUGGAGUGGCAGGAAAUCAUUUGCUGAAAGCGAAAGCAGAAGUGACGAUGUAGAGAUCCUUAGGAGACAAGAGAAGGUUUGGAAUUGCAGCUCUGGACUACGGAAGAGUACUGAACUGUAACGGAAAGGAAGCAUUGGCAGUCGGUGAAAUUGUGACGAUGCCAGUUUGUACAUACAGCCUGGAAUCAGAUUACUUUGGCAAGCUCGAACCUAAACUCUCAAUCAUACGAAAUUUGAACGACCAAGUUCUCUUCGUUAACCAGGGAAAUCAACCCGUGUUUGAGGAUAUGCCCGAUUCUGACUGUACAGAUAACGCACCCCAUACUGUAUUUAUCAUAUAUAUGUAUAAAGACAGCCUCACUAGAGGUCUGGCGGUAACCAUCUCUGUGAAGUGUAAGAAAAUGUCUACUCUCUCCUGUAAGAACAAAACUAUUUCCUUUAAGGAAAUGUGUCCUCCCAAUAGUAUCAAUGAUGAAGGAAAUGACAUCAUAUUCUUUCAGAGAAGUGUUCCAGGACAUGACGAUAAGAUACAAUUUGAGUCUUCAUUGUACCAAGGAUACUUUCUAGCUUGUCAAAAAGAGAAAGAUCUUUUCAAACUCAUUUUGAAAAAAAAGGAUGAAAGUGGGGAUAAGUCCAUUAUGUUCACUGUUCAAAACAAAAGCUAGAUAUUAAAAUUGCACAGUUUGAAUUUUCCGAGUUUUUGUCUUUCAGAAAGGUUGUAAGAC